AUGGAUGCCAAAAAGAUCAAUCCAGUCAAGGCGGCCACCAUCGUCAUACUCGUGAUACUGGUGGUGAUCCUGCUCCUGCUUAUCUUGUUCGACAGCUCAUCGUCCGAUGCAGCCCACGCCGGCGGCAGCGGCGGCGGUGACGGCGGCGGCGACGACGGUGACGGAGGUUUCAGUGGCGGCGGUCACAAGAAGUGUCCCCCGGCGAACUUUGCUUACAGUCCGGUAACCCGCCUCUAUUUCACGAUUUCACGGCAGCCCACAACACCGGCUCCGACUACGAGAACGACGCCCGUGCCCAUCAAGCGUCCCGUGGCGUUCAUCUUCUGCACCGUGGGCGCGUUCUCGGAGUCGUCGACCGUGGUCUUCGACAGCAUGCUCUGCGACUACUUCGUCUACACGCACGUUCUUCCCUACAAGGGCGACAUACUGUCCUACGACAGUAGCCUCAGUUGGGAGCUGUUCAAGAAACGAGCGACUGCCUACCGGGACAAGCUCAACUACUUCGGCUACCCGAACGUGACCAACUCGAGCUCGGUCAAGUUACAGCACUACGGGUACAGCUUCGACGCCGAGGACCUCACCUUUCUGGGCAGAGAGCUGAGCGGCGUCUCCUCGAAGGUCACCGGGUUGUACAAGGACCACGGGCUACUCACCGCCGGCAUGGCCUACUACGAUCGACCCGACGGCAGCGCCGACUCACAGCUCAGUACCAUCCAAUCACUCCUGGGCACUAUCGACUCCAUGCUGCUGAAGGCGCAAGACCUGAACACAACCAUUUUGAAGACCACUUUCCUGGGAGUCAAGUUCGCCGGCAUGACUGCCAGCGCCACGAACGACGCCAGUGCCCUGAAAGAAUACUUGGGUAUCGGCAAGAUCGACUUGCUGAUACUGCUGACGCACCUGGUGGACGUGCCGAGCGACCCAAAUUGCAAGAUACUUCAGCUAAGCAGGUACACCGGCGACGCCUUAGACGCCAUGGAGCCGCCGAGUAUGGAACGGUUGCUGACAAACAUCGACAAGCUCAAGGGGGCGCCGUUCCGCGUAGCCUUCUCCCUAACCUUCUUCCGUGUUUCUCUACAAGCCCACGGGUGGUCUCAAGGACACCACCAAGUACGGGGACGCCUGCAUGCACAGCUUCUUUGACGACCGCAGCGAGCUGUGCUCCGUGCCUGACGCCAACAUUACUGAAAACGCCGAUCCGAUGUCGUCGAGCGCCUAUUACAAGAACACGGCGGGCGGCAUCUUCAUGGUCUUUGAAACAACGAACGCAACUCGACUGAAGACGAGCAAGGCGAGCGCCGAGGCGCGCCUGAAGGGAGUCGACCUCACGUGGGCCGCCUACGACGUGCACCGAGACGUGAUGAAUUGCGGCGUCGGGGUGACGAAAGGCCGGCCACUGGAGCGGCUCUCGGCAGUCAACGACACGGUGGUGGCCGACUACGCCGUAAAGCCCGACGACGACAGGAAGUGAAGGGCAAGACGUGGUGUGGCGCGGCUGCGGACCCGAAAUGUGACUCACCUUCAUCCCUCAAUCCUGGCCCUCAUCCUUAACAUCCCGAAACGGUCCGAGCUCAGUAAAACAGACAGUUGGGUGCAACAGGGGCUGCUUUCGUUAACUUUACUGUAGCCUGAG